AUGAACAUUCAUCAGCAGUUGUUAUUGAACCAAGAGGAGCUCCAAAAUGACAAGAACCUCCUCAUCGGAAAUGAUGAAAUUGAGGAGAUGAUGGAAAUUAUUCAACAAACGAAUUCCUUGUGGAGUGAUAUUAGCUCUGAAUCGAAUAUUGCAUCUUCUACGAAUGGUGAUGAAACAAACGUUUCCGAUGAAAGCAUUGAGGGAUGUGCAUGUGGAUCGAGUGUUGCUAAUGAAUUGCUCAAAUUUACUCAUGGAAUUUUGAAAAUGAACAAACAUUGGUCCGAUUGUGAUAAUAAGAAGGAAGAAGCAGAAAUCAAUGAAUUCUUUAAUCAGACAAAAUUUAUUACAGAUUCAUGCAUCACAAAAAUUGCUAAACAUAUCAGAUUGUUGGGAUAUGACUGUAUCAGUGAUUCUUCAUAUUCUCCGAACUAUAUAAUUUUCAAAGCCAAAGAAGAAAAAAGAAUCAUCAUCACUUGUUCCCCAACCAUGGUUACAAAAAUUAAAAAAGAAAAUAAGAUGAUCAAUGUAAAAUUUCAAAACGAUUAUUACGAUAGCAGCGAAGAGGAAGAAAGCGCACAACCUAAUUCGACUGCUAUCCCAAUUCGAUAUUUAUAUGUGAAUCCUAAAACCUCGGAAUUUCAUCAAUCCAUUACUGAUAUUGUGAAUAAUUUCAAACUUGUGUACCAUCCAGCAAAGAUAUUCACAAGAUGCCUCAAAUGUAAUGAUCCAGUGGAAUGUAUUUCUCCUCAAACAGAAGAUCAAGUGAAUGCUCUCACCACUAUCAUGGGAGGCCCUCAUAUUUACAAAAUGUAUGGCGACACUGUUACAAGAUGCCCUUCCUGUAUGAGGUACUUUUGGGAAGGCCAUUAUUUCAAGAGAUGUGUGAAGUUUGCCAUUCAAUACUCGUAUAAACCUUCAAACAAUGAUUCCAAUUCCACCACUACCACUGAACACACUCCACAGUUAGACUCGAAUUGCAAUUUAUUCUCACUCCACACCUCAAGGACAACACAAAACUGA